GCGCAACGUAAACAAACCUGAGAAACGUUUUGUCCCAAGUCCGGUGAAUAAUUUGGAAAGUAAAACUUAAUUUUGGACAAGAUUUGCACAGAAUUAUAAGUUGUGAAUAUCAUAAAAUGUCUAAAAGACUGAGAAAACUUUCAAAUCACCAUACCAAAGUGAUGCGUACAGAUGUAUCCCUUGCAACAAGUGAUCCAACUGUUAGCCCAUACUUCACAAAUUCAAAUGAUGCUGAUGGUGAUGAAAGCAGCUGUAGCACAACAGGAGAAGGCAGAGAUCAGAGCACUGCAGAUAGUGCGUGUAACUUGGAUCCUGAUGAAACUACAAGUAAAAACAACCAGCCUUCUCUCCAGCAGUCACAAGUAGCAGCCUCAUCUAUAUUGCCUAGGAGAAGGUUAACAUACAGUUUUUACAAUCAGGAAUGUGUGACCCUUGCUAAAGCAUUAUUAGGUCAAGUUAUGGUGAGAAUGGUCAAUGGUGUUCGUGUAUCAGGAGUCAUCGUGGAGACAGAAAGUUACCUUGGAGGAGAGGACGUGGCAUCUCACAGUUAUAACAACAAGAGGACUCCCAGGAAUGAGCCCAUGUACAUGAAGCCGGGUACAUCCUAUGUUUACCCAAUAUAUGGGAUGUACUUCUGCUUUAAUGUAUCCUCUCAAGGAGAUGGAUCAUGUGUGCUGGUCCGGGCAUUGGAACCUAUAGAAGGAAUGGCAAUUAUGGCAGUUGGGAGGAACCAGAGGCGAAAGAACACAACUCCUCUGAAAACACAUCAGCUCUGUAAUGGCCCUUCUAAACUUUGCCAGGCACUAGACAUGACAAAGGAUUCCUGUAACAAGUUGGAUCUCUCAACAUCUAAUGUCCUUUGGCUUGAGGCUGGCACAUCCAUUCCUGAGAGCCAGGUGGUUAAUAGAAAAAGGAUUGGUAUUGAAUCAGCUGGUGAAGAAUGGGCCAAUAAACCUCUUCGUUUCUACGUUGCAGAUAAUAAGUUUGUCAGCGUCUUUGAAAAGAAAAAAGCAAACCUGUCAACAGCUUCAUAAAUUUAUUGAUAUGCUGUAGAACAUUUGUCUUGUUAUUAUUUUUGUUGAUAAUGAAUUUUUAUUCUGAUAUUCUCUAUGCUUUUUAUAUACAUCCUCAGAAGUCAUACAGACAUGUUAUGAUUUUCCAGCAAUGCAGCCCUAUAUGAAGGUCUGCCUGUCCAAAGGAAUUCUCAGACCUAUUGCCUCUUCUUUUUUUCCCACUUUUUCACUUUCAUCUGUAACAUAAGCAUCAAUAUAUUUAGAUUAAUGCACUAUAAUCAUGAGAUAGCUUUAAUGUCAAUAUAUUGAUGUCAGUGUUAUAAAUAUUUUAAUUACCAAAACCUUUAAUAAAUAUAUUUUCAGUCAAGAAUGCCUUUGGACUCACACUCCCUCAUAUUGUUAUAAUUCUUAUUUCAAAAUAUCCAUGUUUGGAUUUUGAUUUAACAUGUUACCUUUAAUAAUUAAAGAAAAUAAUCUAUAAAGAAUAUGAUUUACCAUAUGUUUAUGUUCCAUUAUAAAAACUGUCUGCAGGGUCACAAACCCACUUUGUAAAUCAUUUUAUUAACUUAUAAAUUUUCACUAUACCAAAAAAAGAAUAUUUGACAUUUUUAGGCACAUUUGUAGCUGGGGUGCCCUUGUCCUGCUAUUUAUAAUCAUUGUUUCUUACUUUUAAUAUUCCUGUUACACAAAGAAAAUAUAUGUAUGACCACUUUACCAGAUUUUUAUAUAACUAGAAAACUGUCACCUAAUUGUAGUGGUUAUCAUUAAGUGCAUACAGAACACUUUAUUCAUUUAUUUUAGAAUUUGACAUUUGUCUUCCUUUCUCUUCUUAAGUUUUAUUAUCUUCUUUAAAAAAUAGAAAAAAUAUGCUAAACAUCUUUAAGAAUCUGAAUUACUUAGCUGUAACAUAAAAUAAGUAUAUAACAGGUAUAGAUUUUCAUUUCAAUAAUUACCAAUACAAUUUAAAGUGCUUUGUUUAUCUAUAGAUCAGAUUUUUUGUCAUUUUUCUUGAUUUUUUUUAACAGUAAGAGUAGGAAAUAUGAUGAAUGAAAAUAUGAAAAUUAUGAAAAAAAGGCUAGAAAAAAAUCAGUUCAAAUUCCAAAGGAAACUAGUGGUAGUUACAGUAAGUUUUCCAUUGAUUUCUGAGAAUAUAACCUACUAUUGUUUGGAUAUAUAAUGCCUUCGCUUACUGAAAGUUUCUACUUACUGAAGAGUAAGCAAAGGCUGUAAACUGGCAAACUAGCAUAUCUCUUAUUUCUGAAGAAUUUUGCAUUAAUUCUGUAACAUCUCUAGUCUAGAAAUGCACAAGUUCAGUAAAACUGCAUUGUAAUAAAAAUGAAAGAAGAAAAUUUGAUAUUUUUUCACAAUUAGAUAUACAUUCUAAUUUUAUUUAAAACCAGGUCUUUACAUGUAAUAAUUAAUACUUUCAUGUGCUGCUAGAGUGAUGGUUUCAGCAGAUUUAAAUACUCUAUAGUUUUUCUUUUUAUUCUCAGGUCAUAGUCUCAAAACACAACUUGAUUUAUAAAUAUUUAAUAAAAUAAAUACUACACAAAAAUUAAAUGUUUAUUUAAAUGCAAAUGCAAUACUGGCAAGAUGCAGUACAAGUCAUCUAGACACACUUAUCAGACUUCAUUGUAUCUCUUCUCUUCCUAGAAAAAUAUUUAUCUAUUACUGAGUAGGCUAGGAGAACCUACUUGGCGUUUCUCAAGGAAAGUUUGAAAUUUAAUGUUUUUCCAGUAUCUCUAUAUUUGCCAUGUGUAAAUAAAAAUAUUCCUAUUUGAUAUACAGAAAAAAUGGCAUUAAUACAUCAAUCCAAAUGAAAAAAAAAUUACAUCAGUACAACUGAAAAGAAAAAAAAAGUCAUUUACUGUUUAUAAAUCCUAAAUAAAAUAACAAAUAUAUUUCUUUGUAGUCCAAUCAUACAAAAUGAUGUUUUUCUUUACAUCAAAAUGGAUACUCUACUAUUAAAUCUAUGCCUUCAUUCAAAUCCUUCACAACCAUUUAAAGUAUAAAGUAAUUCUUGAAGAUAUUUUAUAUGUUUAUAGUCUGAGGCAUUGAUACCAUAUAAUUUCGAUUCAAAAUAUGGUACAUACUGAAUUGUAUUAAAAAAACAUAUUAACAUAGUAGCCAUGGCACUGUUCUUGAACUCUUCUGAAACUACUACACACAAUGAUAGACAGAAAUUUGAAAUUAUAUAAAUAUUUGCUACUUGAAGACCAACUGAAUAAGUCGGCGACAUAGUAACUCCUCAUUUUUCCAUCCACUCACCUCACCACUGACUUGGUUAGUGAUUAAGUUGUAAUGAUUAAAGUUUACAAUGAUUAAAGUU